GCUGCGCUCUGUAUGAGCGCCCAAUCAGAGUGAGCCAGGUCACAGCAAAUGACCAGGAAGGAACGAUGGCUGCGAAGAAUGCAAAGAAUGGUUUGCUGGAAAAAUGGAGGAUUGAUGAAAAACCUGUGAAAAUUGACAAAUGGGAUGGUGCAGCUGUGAAAAAUUCUCUUGAUGAUGCAGCAAAGAAGGUACUCAUUGAGAAGUAUGGAUACGCUGAGAACUUCAACCUUGUCGAUGGACGUCUCUUCAUUUGCACCAUCUCUUGCCUUUUUGCCAUUGUAGCUUUGAUUUGGGACUAUCUACACCCUUUCCCAGAGUCCAAACCUGUCCUGGCAUGUUGUGUGAUUUCAUAUUUUAUAAUGAUGGGCAUCCUAACCUUGUAUACUUCCUACAAAGAGAAGAACAUCUUUCUCGUGGCCGUUCAAAAAGACCCAGCUGGCAUGGACCCUGACCACAUCUGGCAGCUUUCGUCCAGUCUUAAAAGGUUUGAUGACCAGUACACACUGAAGGCCUCCUUUACAGAUGGAAAAACCAAGCAGUCAAGGGAGACUGAGUUCACAAAGUCUGUUGGGGUGUUCUUUGAUGAAAAUGGAACAUUGAUGAUGGACCACUAUGAAAAGUGUGUUUCGCAGCUUCACGACACAUUGACAAGAGAAAAGAAAACUAAGUAAAGCUGAGGUGAAGUGUGAGCGUACAAGCAGUGUUGUGACCUCAACACACUAAUAAAGGCUGUAGUUGGGGUGGGAGGUUGUUCAGGCCUGUGUGUUUGAGAGGUUAUUCUUCAGCUUUGAAAUUGCAUAAAGAUCUUCAUGGUAUAUUUUGUUGCUUGUAUAUUCAUUGGUCCAAUUUUAUUUUCAGUAAGCAUCACUUUUAUAAAACAUUCAGUUUGAGUAAAUGUGUCUGACAUUCUUUGUUAAGGUGCAGUAAGACGAUUUUACAGAGGCUCCUUAUAUGAUAGAAUGGCGUGAUCUUCAUGUGUAGGGAGGGGCAGCAUAUUCGAUAGAACAUUGAAUAUGGUGCAUAAACAAACGUUGAACCAGGAUAGCAGUUGCUUUCCUUUGAUAAUCUGUAAUGUGCAUAGACAGUUUUUCUAUUUUCAUAGAACUGUAUUACCCAGUCUACAUCCAUGGAGUCUAUAGCUUGCUUUACACAGGGGUAGAUAGUGAUCUGCAGCUGAAUUCCUUUUUCCCCUUCAAAUUUUCUACAUAUGACACAACGCCUUUUUAAAGAUUGGAGUGAAUGUCUGAAACAAGUUUUCCUCCCUUUGAAGUUUUUACAUCUAAGAGACUCCUGGGCCUUACUGAAUAGGAUUACUCGCUCUGACAAUUGCAGAUAGAUAUUUUUUGUUAUGAAUUGUACUGUGUUUAUUUCUAUUGGCUAUAAAGGGCAAACAGUGAUAUAAAUUAUCCAUCCGUACUGUGCAGGCUGUGCAGUCCCUGUAGGUCUUUACAUUAUAGCAUAGUCUCAGGUUUAGUCUAGUGCAGGACUAAAUUGCUUUAAUAAGUGAUCCCUAAAGGAUCUAGUCCAGAGCAAACCCGUUCUUUCUGUUAAAACCAACCUUAUGUCUGAAACUGUACUUCAAAGCAUAAAAAGGUGUGAAGAUCGAUGCCCAGGAGCGCAUGCUUUUGGGGUUAGUGUUUAAACAGCGUAAUCACAAACACCAUAUUUUAUUUAUUUUGUAAUGGUUAAACUUGUACACCUAGGUAAAGUGUUU